AUACAGUAUCUUUAUUAAAUCUCCACUAUGUGGCUCUUCUGAUUUAAUUUACAAAUUUAGAAAAGGAAAAAAAGAGACUAAUUUACAAAUCUUAAAUUAUUAAUGAUAAAUGGAAAAAAAUAUAAUACAAAAUAGCUACGAUAAUUUAUCGUAUAUACUAUAUACAUAUACUGAUUAUUGACUGAUAAAUACUCUAAUGACAUGUAAAAACUGUUGUAGUCAUGCAGUCAGUCACCAAGUUCUCGGUGUGACAUAGCAUUUUACUAUUUCUUGUGCUUGCGCUUAGCGACUUCCAAGUGUUGAUAGAUCGAUAGUGAAAGGAACGUCGUGCAGUGGCUGUUCUGCACAUAGGAACGCCUAAGUUUUCCCUGAAUGGGGUAUUAUAACUAUAGAUUACUGUUGUAACUGGCUAGUUAGCACAUUUAGCCUCGAUCUCAUUUGAUAAUUUUUCUCGGCCGGGAACUGAUAUCUACUUUGUGCCUCGCUCGUUGACUACAGGUGAAACAUUGGCGAGUUUUUGUUCACUAAGGGUUGGUUUAUUAUUUUUUACUCUCAGUUAUUGAUGUUCCAUUUAUUUCAGUUCCCUUCAUAGAAAAUGCUCUUCUAAGAUAAUCAGAUAUCCUGGUAUUAUGUCAACAACGUGUUCGGCACGCUGUAUUUUAGAUAAGCCACAUCAGCUUAUAACUGAGGGUUAAUAUUAACCUGUGCAAUGCCAAUCUGGUUUGUAUUAUUUUGUGUUUUUAAUUUAUCUUGCAAGCAGAUCAGGUUUCUUGUCAUUCAUUUUCUGCAUUGCGUUUUGAUUGUAGUUUGUGAAAUAAUCAAAAAUCAAAAAAAUGUGGAAACAUUUACUUCCCCUCCCCUUUGCCUUAUCACCCCUCCCUGUCGAACGCACUCCCCUAAUUUGCAUUUAUUUAUUUAUCUAUUUAUUUAUUUAUUUACGUACAAGACUUUUACAAAUCUUAAACAGAAACAGUGGCGAGAGUUUACGUGUGCCUUGGCUAAAUCUUACGACAUUAAUUCUUUCAAUCCACCCCGAGUGCUGCGCUGCACGUAAUGUUGUGACAAUAGUCUUAGCGGAAGUUGCGACUGUUUAACACCCCUCUCGACGUUGUUGCAAGAUCUUGGGAAGAGUUUAAACCCGUUUGAAUUUCGUCAUAACCGGAGAUCAGGCCGAAUUUUGGCUGCUCUUUUGUGGUCCCUGGCAUUUUUUUUUAACCCAGCAAAACGAAAAUAGUCUGAACUCAACUUAACUUUGUCACAAAAUCACCGUAACAUUUUUUUGUCUCGAAAUGUUGAACCCGUUAGAUGUGAAGCAUCUUUCUUAACUAUUGUUCAACUCGUCCAUGCGCAAUGUACCUAAUAAACAUGUCUUUUCGAUAAACUCGAUUAUUUAUUCGAAAGAGAUGUGAGAAAAUUUUGACUGUUUAGUAGCAACAUGGUCAUUAAUCAUUCUAACAAUACUCAUUGUUGUUGUUGUUGUUGUUUUUUUUUUUACAGAAACUGCAUCGAAAAGAUCUCUCACUGUUCCACCAGAAGUCAUCAUUAAUCAGCUUAAGAAGCAGGAUCUUCCCAAAAGUGUGACACCUUUUGAUGAUUGCCAACUGCCAGUCGACAUUUUGUUGCUGACGGUCGAGGAUUGUGAAUUUCUAAGCUGUCUGUCGUAUCUGAAUCCUGGUUUCGUUAAAACUUUUCACGACGAUCUUACCAUUGUGUACCUCGGAGAUAUGGGAAAAGAUGAAAGGAAGUUGAACAUUGCUGUAAUGAGCUGCCACAGGGGUGCCGUCACUCCAGGAGGAUCCGUGGUUGUUGUAUUAAAAGCUGUCAACGUCUUAAGGCCCAAAGCAGUGUUCUGUGUAGGUUCCUGUAGGAGCUUAGGCUACGACAAAGUUAAACUUGGAGACAUAGUAAUGUUUGAGAAGUUAAUCACAUCUGGCCCGUGCAGAAUCACGGAGGGUGGCAUUGAAGAACGCGGUGUGAAAGUCCCACUUAAGUCCCGUCUUUUGAAGGUGAUACCAAGGGCUGGUGAUGGCUGGAAGCCGCCUUUAAAAGAUCCAAAAGCAGCCGAGGUCAAGAUACACCGUGGCACGAUUCUGAGUGGGCCCAUAGAAGUAAUUGAUAGCCCCAAGCAUUGUAAGGCACUCAUCGAUCGAUUCCCAGAAGCAGUUGCUAUGGACGAAGAGGGUGAAGGUGAGUUUUUGGCAAUAGUGAACUUUAAUGACCUUGGCCAGUAGACCACAGUGGGCAGGAUGACUCCAAGUCAGUGAAUUGAAAUAAAUGCCCAAAUCCUUUAAAUUCCUUGUUAGCAGAAUACCUUUUAGUGAAUUAUUCUAUGAAUAGAUUAAUUAAAUGGAAACUACGGGAUCGUUCAGACAGGAUCACUAUUUAUUUUUUUAUUGCAUGCUCAGUUCAUCGGCCUGUGCUUAUCGAUGCCUUGCCCUUACAAUCAAGCCAGUUAAAUUACGAAUUGUCAAAUUUUGUUUUAACUAUCUCUCACAAUCCUUUCCAGCUGCCCUUUCUUGGCCUUUCUUACAUUUUCUGUGUUUCAGUCAUAAUUACUUCACUUCUUCAUGUAUGACUAAUCUUUACUCUAGGCGUGUUUGCUGCAGCUCACGACCUCGGCAUUGAGUGGAUCGUCAUUAAAGGGAUUUCGGAUUAUGCGGGUGGCAGCAAAUCUAAGGAGUCGUCUUGGAGGCCAUUUGCAAGUUUAAUGGCAGCUUCUGUUACGGCUCAUAUUCUCAGCGAUGCCAUUAUUUUUGAAGACUGGCCUCACUUUAAGAGCAAAAGUAAGUACUGA